GUGAUCAUGUGACCUCAGCGCUUUGAUGUGACGCGCGUCAAACUGUCGGAUAGUAGCAGAAUCACUGAACUGUCAUCAUUGUGUUAAGAAACAUGUGUCGGCGGAACGCGCUUUAAAUACUCGUCUGCUGGAGAGGAGCACUCAUGGACUAUUUCCAGGCUAUGGAUGUCCCCAAAGACAGAAUCAAUAGUGUGAAGAACACAACAAUGCUCCAUUGAUGCUGCAGUUCAGAAAGCGAAAGGGAUGACUGAACUCCUGCUGCUUUCAUAAACACGAUAACUUCGCUGAUCUGUGAUUAGCUGUUCAAUCUGCAGGACUUUAAAAAAAAACGAGCAACAUGGCGAUGGACUCGUCUUUUCAACUCAGUCGGAUAGACAGAAGUGGUAGCUUUCUUCAGCUUGUCGAUGCGUUUGCAUUGUCACUGGGUACGUUGGAGCGACAAAUGGUUCAUGCUACGCAGGAAAAAGACAGAGAUCCAGUCAGAGAUCCAGACACGUCUAUGUUCAUAGAGAUAGAGGGAGGGAUGAGCACUGUGUGUCUACAGUAUCCUGCGUUUGAUGGGGAUGGUACAAGCACAAGUGUGAGUGUGUUGGACAAACUGAUACACACACACCCCAUCUGGCUUCUGCGUUCCAUCGACCAGCAAGAGGCCACUGGCAUCCUACUGCAGCAACCAGCUGGGGUGUUUUUGGUCUGGAGGUCAUCUGUCCUGCAAAAGAAGGUCUUGUCAUUCCACAUGGAUGGUACCUCAGACUCCUCUGUGAUUCACAUCCCUUUAAAGGAGAGCCAGUACACAUUUUCUCUGGAGGGCUCAGGAAUUAGUUUUGCUGAUCUCUUUCAUCUUGUGGCCUUUUAUUGUAUUAGCAGAGACAUUCUGCCGUCUACCCUGAAGCUUCCUGAGGCAAUACACUCAGCUGAGACCCUCUCAGAUCUGCAUGAGGUGGCCCAGCAAGGGGCAGCGUUCUGGGAAUAUUCUGUCAAAAGACAACAAGAGCCAAAGGGUUCUCUGGUUCAGGACAGACCGUCGAUUUCUCUGCACGACAACUUCUCUGACAUCUUACUGAUAGAGGAUCAAACCUGUACCCCAACUGGGAAUCUAAAUGCCUCACUACCUCUGACUGACACCUGCUCUAAUGCCCCUGAAGGCAAAAGAAGUUGCUCCAACAGUGCUUUGUCUUUUAUCAACCCUGUCUUCCUCAAAACACAGCAAGAUCUCACUGGAAAUGCAGCAACAGUGAUUGCAAAAGAUACAACCGCAGAAAACGGAAAAUUUCGUCCCCCUCCUCCACCAAGGCCACCUCCGCCUCGCAUUUUGGUUCAUACCCCUGCUUUACCCCCAGGACCGAGGACUAUGCCUUUGAGUGCUGGCAAUACCAGAUUGAGCCAGAGACCCAAAUCGAUUGCUGGUUCCAUGGGAUCCAAACACCCCAGCUCUAAGAAACCUGCACCUCAACCUCCACCACGACCUCCACAACCGCCAGACAUUGACAGCUACCGUUGCACCAUUGCGUUAGAUGAUGAUACCAUCUCUAGGGCCCUGUCUCAAGCCAGUCAGACGCAUACAACUCUCAAACCGACCAACAGCAACAUUCUGCAGCAAUGGACCGGACCAGAAGAGAAAGGGCGAAGCUCAAGUGGUUUGUCCACUUCCUCAUCUGACUCUUUGGAUUCUCCUCCGCAUCCUCUCCCUUUGGGCCUAUCCCAGGGUAUGGGCCAAGGCCUUUCCACAGAUGACAGCAGUGAUGAGUAUGACGAAGAGGAGGAAGACUAUGGUGUGGGACUUGAAAGGGACCUGCAUCUUCGCCUUCGUUCUUCCCGCAAGACAAAAAGACUCCUGGCGGUUGAACUAGUGGGGGCUCAUCCAAGAUCUCUUGUUAUCCCACGAGCACUAAGGGGGCAAUUCCGUAAGGUCCGAGGUGUCCUCAAUGUUCUGGCUACACCUGAAAAACGCAUCUUGCUCCGGAUCAUUGAGUUAUCCCAGGACAAAGGUUCCUACUUUGGUUGCCUGGUGCAGGACUAUUUGAGCUUUGUGCAGGAGAACAAAAACUGCCACUCAUCCAGCCAAGAUCUUCUGCAGACGCUCCGGCAGUUCAUGACCCAGAUGAAGGCUUACCUCAUACAGAGCUCAGAGAUGAACCCACCCAUAGAGUCUUACAUACCGGAGGACCAGAUUGAUCCGGUGUUGGAGAAGGCCAUGCAUAAGUGUGUGCUGAAACCCCUGUAUGGCUGCUUGCAGUCAGCACUGCAUGAGUUCCAGGUGGCCGAUGGAGUGUGGCAGAGGCUGCAGGAGAAUCUGGCCCUGGCCAAGGCCAAACAGCCUCACGAGUUGGGAGCGAAUGCAGCGCGGCCACCAGACGCCUACGCCAUCCACCGCAUCCGCAGAAAACUCAGAGCCAUGUGCAGCAUGUACUCUCCUGAGAGGAAGAUUAUGAUGCUACUGAAAGUCUGUAAACUCAUCUACAAUAUUAUGCAAGAUAAUGAAGUGAGGAUGUUCGGAGCGGAUGAUUUCCUGCCCAUGUUGACAUAUGUGUUGGUCCAGUGUGACAUGCCUCAGUUGGACACUGAGAUCCUGUAUAUGAUGGAGCUGAUAGAUCCCCCAUUACUGCAUGGAGAAGGAGGUUAUUACCUCACCAGUGCAUACGGAGCAAUGUCCCUGAUUAAGAACUUCCAGGAAGAACAGGCUGCACGGAUUCUCAGUUCUACAGCACGCGACACACUCCACCAGUGGCACCAGCGUCGCACACUGCAGAGAAACCUGCCCUCAGUGGACGACUUCCAGAAUUACAUGCGCGUGGCUCUGCAGAAGGCAGAUAGCGGCUGCACGGCUAAAACCCUUCAGGUGCGGCCCUACACCACAACGGAAGAGGUGUGCCGCCUUUGUGCACUUAAAUUCCGCGUGUCUGAUCCGGAAAACUACGGCCUCUUUCUUUUCACAGAGGACAGCAGCCAGCAAUUGGCUGCAGACACACACCCACAGUGGAUAAAGGCAGAAUUACACAGUCGACCGAAGCGUCAACACUUUUACUUUGUCUACAGGACGAUAGCCGAUAUAAACUGUUCCACGCCUGUGUCUUCAAAGCAGGACAUUGCCUGAACACUCAAUAGCAGGAAAAUGUGUAUAAAGAUUGCAAGAUGAAAGAUCUUCUGUUCAAUGAUACACCGACUCAAUAAAGAAUGAUGACACUUUCCGUGAAUAGGGUACAUUUGGGUUGUUUAGUUUAAACACAGACUUGGGUAACAGGGUUGCAAAUUUAGCCUCAAUUAAGUAAGGGCUAGCUAGUUUGGGACUAAAUGUUGGUUCGUAUUUAUGGACAUAAUUUAUAUUUCACAAAAAAUUAAAGAAAAUAUUAGUUUGGUCGUUUUUAUCUUACAAUAACCUUGGUAACAGGGUUGAAAAGAUUAGCUUGAUGAUUGCAGUCAACAUAACAAUGAGAAUAUGAAAUGAGAUAAUUGUUAUUUAUUGGAUAUUGCAAUUUUAGAGAAUGUUGCAUUUUUUGUAAUGUGGGAAAAUUCUGCCAUAACAGGCUUACAUGCAAAAUGUGGAAGAAUGCUAAAUAUUAUGUUUUUGGUUUCAAUAAUGACUUUUUAUAAAAAAAAAUAUUUGUAUUAGUUCCACAGAUUAAAAUUGUAACAUUGUAUGAUAAUUCAUAAUUGUAUGCUAGCAUAAUUUCAAUAGUUCAUACUACAAAUCUGACAAUUAAAACAUGGGGUUUGUGCCUCUAAUAUAUUGUGGGACACUGUAGUGUGCCAUAUUCAUGGAAAGUGCCAAAUAUAUGCAUAUCAAAAUAUGUAAAAUAGUUACUUCACAUAAAGUUAUGUUUUAAAUAGAAAUGUUUCACAGAUCAUGAGAUAAUAUAGCAUUUAUUGGGCAUUGUCAGUAAUGUGGUAUUGAACCUGUGGGACUUCUUUUGAUUCAGUAUGAAUGUGGCAUCUGUCCCCAAAAAUGCCAGUACUGAAAUGAAAGCCAUAUUGUGCCAUUGUUAUAUGUAUACAGAGGUGUCAGGGAUUCACUCAUAGAGUUCUGUACAUAAUCUUUUAGCUAUUUUUGCAUUCAGGUCGAGUGAGUGUCCAGAGCUUUUGCUUCAUAAGAAGAAUUGUCACCUCUGCUGUCACGAGACUCAAUCAACACAGAGAAAAAUCUUUAAGGGAAGAAGAUUUCAGAAUGAGAGCUUCAACAGAGAUAAUGCAUGAUCAUGUGGCUGCUUUUUCUUUAGCUUUUUGUUCUUGUGAAAUAGGAACACUUUGCUCCUUAAACUUCAGCCAAUGUCUAAAUGUGCUGUACUGUAAAAAUGUCAUAUAUUUUUGUGCCACAACAUGUAUGAUGCACUUAGUGCUGAGAAUGUGAUUUUACCAGUUCCCUGAGCUGUCAAUGAUGUAAUUUAAAUGCUGAUCUUGAGAAUAUUUUACUCCUUUUGGUGGUAUUUAAACAGGAAAUAAAGCGUGUCUUUAUUCUUUU